UCCUCAAGCAAGGUGUCGGUAUCGGCAUCCAGAUGCGGCAACGCCACACUUACAAAUGGGACAACAGCGCGACCACAAUUUUUUACUUUGACGGGACAUUACAGGGGAAAUUUUGAUUGCCAACUCCUCAACAUUCGCGACGGCGAUGAGUUUUGUCUUGUGUGUGAUCCCUGUCGCGCUGAGGGUAGGUAUUUUAUCAAGGCGGAUAUCAGAGGAAAUGGCAACAACAUGCAGCUUGUCCUGGACAUAGCGCUGGUUGCAAUCCCCAACCGAGCCCGAAAAAGGGGGAAAACCUUGCGCGAGGCCAUCAGAGACUUUCAGGCUAGGCGCCGCCUGGAUGCUCAGGACUUCCUCAACCACAUAGCGUCAUAA